UCAAAAGAAAAACCAUAUAUACAAAUGAAUUAAAAUCCAAAUGCUGUCUUUUUCAUGCACUACUCUUAUGGUUAAGCCUUUUUUCCUAAUUUGAAGGGAUUAUUAUUUCAUUAUUAUUGAUUUAUCUCCAAUGAGGAAUGAGCAUCUGUACCCUCCCAAGUUUUAAUUUUUAUUGUUAACCAAUACAAGAAAAUGGUGGUCAAAUUUUCAAUCUUAGUUCUCUUCUCUCUAUAUAAUUCCAGCUCCCCAUUUAUUAAUCUAAAACACAACAUAACAUAACAUAACAUAACAUCAUUCAGUUCAGGUUGUUUGAGUGUGAAGGGGUGUUCUUCUUUUCCUUUUUUAAUGGAGAAAGUUAGUGACAAAACCUUUGAGCUUAAUGUUAAGCUAGAAGAACCAACUUUGGUUGCACCUGCAGAUGAGACAGAGAAGGGUCUUUACUUUCUCUCCAACCUUGACCAGAAUAUCGCCGUGAUUGUUCGAACUAUCUACUGCUUCAAAUCGGAUUUGAAAGGCAAUGAGGAGGCUGUGAAAGUUAUCAAGAAUGCCUUGUCAAAGGUUCUAGUUCAUUAUUAUCCUCUAGCUGGAAGGUUAACUAUUAGUUCAGAGGGAAAAUUGAUAGUGAUUUGUAAUGGGGAAGGUGCUGUGUUUGUUGAGGCUGAAGCUAACUGUUCUAUUGAAGAGAUUGGUGACAUAACCAAGCCUGAUCCUGUCACUCUUGGAAAGUUGGUUUAUGAUAUUCCUGGUGCCAACAACAUACUUGAGAUUCCUCCUCUAGUUGCUCAGGUGACUAAGUUCAAAUGUGGAGGCUUUGUUCUUGGGCUAUGCAUGAAUCAUUGUAUGUUUGAUGGGAUUGGAGCUAUGGAAUUUGUCAACUCAUGGGGUGAGACUGCAAGAGGCUUACCUUUGAAUGUGUCUCCAUUCCUAGAUAGAAGCAUACUUAAAGCAAGGAACCCUCCAAAAAUAGAGUAUUCCCAUGAUGAAUUCGCCGAGAUCCAAGAUAUAUCAGAAACCAGCAAGCUCUAUGAGGAAGAAAUGCUUUAUAAGUCCUUCUGUUUCAAUCCUGAGAAACUUGAAAAGCUCAAGAAAAAAGCCAUAGCAGAUGGGGUUUUAGAGAAGUGCACAACAUUUGAAGCACUAUCUGCCUUUGUAUGGAGAGCGCGAACCGAGUCACUAAAGAUGCAACCUGAUCAAAACACAAAGCUCCUGUUUGCUGUUGACGGGCGGUCAAGAUUUGAGCCACCAAUUCCAAAAGGAUACUUUGGCAAUGCAAUUGUGCUAACCAAUUCACUUUGCAGAGCUGGUGAUCUAUUGGAGAAUCCUCUGUCUUUCGCAGUUGGCCAAGUUCAGAAAGCAGUUAAUAUGGUUAACGACAGUUACAUGAGAUCUGCUAUUGACUACUUUGAAAUAACAAGAGCCAGGCCUUCUCUUGCAGCAACUCUUUUGAUCACAACUUGGUCUAGGCUACCUUUUCACACCACUGAUUUCGGUUGGGGAGAGCCUUUAUUAUCAGGACCAGUUGCUUUACCUGAGAAGGAAGUGAUUUUGUUUCUUUCCCAUGGCAAAGAGAGGAAAAGCAUAAAUGUUUUGUUGGGAUUGCCAGAAUCUGCCAUGAAGGUUUUUGAAGAACUAAUGCAGAAUUGAACUAUAUAUACCUAUGUAUUACCUAUGAAGUCUUAUUAUUCAUCUAUUUAAUAAUAAAAAUGGAUUACUCUCUACAACACCAAUGUUCUGUGGAUUUGCAAAA